GGUUGUGCGUGCAACCGUUCUGUUUGUGGUCACGUUCUGGAGACGUUGAGAUUAUUUUGUGGAUUUCACCCUCAGUGAAGCGAUUUUAAGUCGCGGAGAGGUUCUGAAUAUACUUGUGUGUUCUCUCGAGUUUCUUAUUUUCUACUCUUUACCAUGACUGAAGAAGUGAACCCCAAGGCCUACCCUUUGGCUGAUGCCACCUUGACUGCUAAGAUUCUCAACCUUGUGCAGCAAGCCGUUAACUACAAACAGCUUCGUAAAGGAGCUAAUGAAGCAACUAAGACCCUCAAUAGAGGCCUCUCCGAAUUCAUCAUUAUGGCAGCUGACGCAGAGCCUUUGGAAAUUCUCCUCCAUCUCCCUCUGCUGUGUGAAGACAAGAAUGUGCCAUAUGUAUUCGUCCGUUCAAAGCAAGCUUUGGGCCGUGCUUGUGGAGUGUCCAGGCCAACUGUUGCAGUGUCUGUCACUGUAAAUGAAGGAUCUCAGCUCAAACCUCAGAUCACAUCCAUUCAGCAGGAAAUUGAACGGCUUCUUGUGUGAUAUUAUUGUAUACUAAGUGCAUUUAGUUUAGAUAAGGUGACUGAGGUCAUCAUUAUAUACUGUGGCUAAAUUCAAAACUUGACUUAACAAAUUAUGUUCAAAAAGAGAUUUUGAUUUUUUUUGUUUUUAUAUGAAUUGACAUAUUUUGUUACCAGGAGGGUUUUCUUUGAACACUUUCAUUCCAAUCUUGUAUCUCUAAAUGAUUGAUUCAAUAUAACAAAUUUAGUCCAGUU